CAGCUGAUGUUGCGACACAGAGAGGAGUGCUGUGCCCCGGACCGGCUGAAAUCCCCAGCUAUGCUUUGUGGGUAAAGUGCGCCCUGGUAUCCGCCCAUAUUCGCGUAAAGGAGGCCAAACAGAGCAGCUAGGCCGGACGCUGGAUCAAAUGGAAAGUUCAAUCGAUUAAAUUUGGCCACUGUGCGUGUGGUGUUCUUUUUUUUUUUUUUUGAAAACUUGUUCCCGCUGCCGAAAACGACGACCGACCGAGCUAAAUGCGGGCGUUUUGGUGAGAAAUAGGAAAUGCAGAGAUCGUGCGAGGCGAGAGGAUUAUCAGCUUGACUUGUUUGGUCGCUACUUCGGACGCGGAACUCCACUCGCUUAAAAGGUGAAUCAUGACAGAAUAUAAGCUGGUUGUGGUGGGAGCUGGUGGCGUUGGCAAGAGCGCACUUACCAUUCAGCUCAUCCAGAAUCACUUUGUGGAUGAAUAUGACCCCACCAUUGAGGACUCCUACAGAAAGCAGGUAGUAAUCGAUGGGGAGACGUGUCUGCUGGACAUCCUGGACACUGCAGGUCAGGAGGAGUACAGCGCCAUGAGGGAUCAGUACAUGAGGACAGGAGAGGGCUUUCUGUGUGUCUUUGCCAUCAACAACACCAAGUCCUUCGAGGACAUUCACCACUAUAGAGAACAGAUUAAGCGGGUGAAGGACUCCGAGGACGUCCCCAUGGUGUUGGUGGGCAACAAGUGUGACCUCCCGUCCCGGACAGUGGACACCAAGCAGGCUCAGGACUUAGCGCGCAGCUACGGCAUUCCCUUUAUCGAGACCUCAGCCAAAACCCGACAGAGAGUGGAAGAUGCCUUUUACACUCUGGUACGGGAGAUCAGGCUCUACCGGCUCAAUAAGCUCAGCAAGGAAGAAAAGACUCCGCGCUGUGUCAAGCUUAAAAAGUGUGUUGUGAUGUGAAAGGGGGAGUUGAUGAUGCCUUUUACACAUUAGUGCGAGAAAUCCGGAAGCAUAAGGAGAAAAUGAGCAAGGACGGCAAAAAGAAGAAAAAGAAGUCCAAGACAAAGUGUACACUGAUGUGAAUAUCCACCCCUUUUCAAGACAGACUAAAAAGAAACUUUCUUCAACAGUUCAAGUAAUACGUUUUGUACAUUACACUAAAUUAUUAGCUUCUUGUUCAAUACCCACAAUACUAAACCCCACCUGAAUUUUCUGCCUUUCUGUUAUUUGCUACUUGGACACCAAUAAGCUUCAUUUCCAGUUUAGUGCCAGUUUUUCGAUGCGUAUUGGUCCAACAGCCUGAUGACUUUAAUUUUAUAAGAUUGUGAAGAUUUGGAUAAUUUUAUAUUUAGCUGGGAGAGAAAUGCGUCCCGAGUCGUAUUUGACAAAUUGCGCAUUAAAAAUUAAUGCUAAUUUUCCCCUUAGCUUAAAUGGUUGAGACCUGCAAAUAUUGUGUAAUACCCUCUGGGAUGCCAAAGAAUGAGUUUUCAUCCCGCUCGCAUAGAAAAAUGGAUAUGAAGAAAGGACCAAGAUUUAGCCAGACGAGAUCCAAAUGUCCCCCGCCACAGUGUAAUGUCCCCUGUCUCCCACGACCUUUAGAUAAGACUUAGUUAUGUCACUGAUAAAUAUGCAUGCCAACCUCUACUCUUCUCCAAAUGUUUUAACACCCUAAUUAGCAAUUAAUUAAUUUGCAGUUUGUCGAUGCUUUGUACUGUGUGGGGAGUGAUUUCUUGCCUACAUGAGACGAGAUUUUUUUUUUUUUUUUUUUUAUUUUUUGCAUGCAUUGUGUCCUACAUGACAUGGGUCUUGCAAACGGCCUCUGUUUGAUGCAAUGAUUGGCGCCUGCAGUGGGGAUGCCUGACUCAAAUGGAUGUCGUACGGUCUGCUUUUUCAGGUUUAGAGGAAGUAUUCACUUGACGGUGACCCAUUUUCGUAACGGUAAACCGGGAAUAACAGACAGCAGUGGCGUCGAUAGCUCCACGUUGCCCAGACUUCUGCCUCUUAUAACUUUAGGUUGAAAAUUGAUUACAGAUUUCCAGCAUUUCCCUAGGCCAAGGCUCGACUGUAGGACUGUUUUGAUUCAUCUUGACAAUUAACGGUUGUCACUGCUCUGUGUUGCAGAAGAGCUCUGAACUUGUUCUCUUGCAGGACUUCAUAUUUAAGCAGUUUGUUUGGCUAAAUGCUAAAUUUACCUACCUACUAGCUGCCCUUUGCUGACUUUUUUUCCCCCAAAAAAAGCUGUCACCUAGUUGUGCUUGUGUUUGGCCUGGAAGCAGAAUGCCUCCUUUAAGCAGCUGUCAGGAAUAUUUGUCUUGGUGUGGAGUCACAGAGGUUGUUCAAAAUGUCGUCCAAAUGGAUUUUCAGACUCUUUUCCUUUCAGAGCUUUUCAGUUGUUUGUUUUUUUUUUUCCGAUUCAUUUGCUAAAAUGUUGAAAUUGCUCAGUGGCCUGCCUUUCAACAGAGAUGAUUGUCCAGCAAAAAUAAUUUGUCAUUUUCUCUCACCGCACUAGUGUAUCAUUGUGAUGUAACUGGAACGGAUGUUUGUAAAUGAGGCAAUAAUUGCCAUCAAAUUGGUUUUUAGACAAAAUCGUCUGAAAUUAUUUAAAGAAGUCCUAGUUUCUUCCUUGGGUCAACCCAUUGUUCACCCUUUUCUUAUUGUGUUCACAAACCGUUUGCCUGGGGAUUUUUGUUUGCCUUUUAUCUUUGCAUUAGGUGCUAAAUUUAGACGGUAGGGAGAGCUGAAACCACAUUUACUUUGUCCCAUGUGCUCACAAGAGAUACACACACUGUCAAGGGAGAGGGAGCAAUAUUAUUCACACAGAAAAUCCAGACACGAUGCAUUUUGUUUUCAGGAUUAAUGGAUUUUGACCCACUUUAUUAUUACCUCUUUUUUUUUCAUGAAGUAGAUAAAAACUGUUAAUGCAAUUUUUAAUUAAGGAACCCUCCUGUUAACAAAUACUGUUGCAAAAGUAGUUUUACUGUAAUGUUUGAAAUGUUUCCACUUCCUUUUAUUGCGUGCCAACAGCUGAUUUCUGAAAUGUAUCAUUUAUACCUGGAUCGUAUUUUAACAACCUUUGUAUAGUUGUGAUACUGAAAGGUGCAUAUUUUGUAAAUUGUGCUUCAUUUGUUGGUGUGUCUUAAUGAAUGUUGCUUUAAUGGAGUUUGGCUCCGCUCUGUGUAUGUGACUAGAGAGUGUGACUGGGUCCAGGUCUAGGGAAGUGAAUGAAUGACCACUUUACAGCAUACCUGUUGGGGGGGCAGUGUAGAGUGGUGAUCUGAUCUCAAAUGAGUCUAUUUUUUGCCAUGAAUCUCACCACUCCUAUUUAAUGUGUAAUAAAGAACAAAGUAAAA